AUGAACGGCAGAAAAAGUAUUCUUGUCUACGAAAAAUCCAGCGCUCCGCUCUUGCGCGUGCUCGGAGCGGUCGGUGUCUUUCAGGUCGCUGCCUGGGCUGCUUUCGGUGCGGUAUCGUGGCGGAAUAGCGGCGCGUCGACGAAAGCAACCGCUGCUACUAGUCAAGACACGGAGGAGGACGCGCCUGGGACGAGAAGCGUCACGGAAAACACGCACAGUCCCUCGAGUCGUUAUCAGACAUGGUGGCCUGCAGGUGGCCUGCUCGUUUCGGUUCUUUUCCUGCAGCUGAUGAGUUUUUACGCCAAACGGAACGUGAAAAGCAUCAGGUUUGUCGGAGACUUUGCGGAAAGAGCUCGUAUCGUCACUCACUCUCUCUUCCGUUCGGGCCGGGAAGAUCAACCAAGUCGGUUGGUGCUGGAGGUUCCGACCUUUCAACUACAUGCCAGCGCUACUGGGCGCACUGCUACUAAAGAAGACCUCGUGACAUUCGGCAUUCGCGGAUACAACUCGUUUUUCCAGAUUGACCGAAAGCGGGGGCAAAUCUACGAUGCAACUUUGUUGAAUGCGCUGCUUGAGAAAGGCGGUCAAGGCGUGAUGCAAGCUGCUGCACAGCGGAUGAAAACUUCGACGCCAAAACGGACGCCGUCAGCUCGCGAGCGCGCAGUCAACAGUUAG